AAUGACUUGGAUCAAACUUGCUAGCCUUGCGCUAGUGGUUGUGCUUGCAAGUGCAGGCAUCUCCAAAAACGAAGACUUGGAAUGCAUGUUCUUAGGAUAUCCAGAUCUCGAAUACGACGGAUUCGACAGAACUGAGGUUCUGACCGAGAAGAACUUCAACAGAACUGUUUUCGCUGAAGACACCAAAUCGGUAGUGUUCUUCAACGACGUGGAAGAGGACGACUCAGAGCUUGACCAGUAUGAGUGCUUCCUUCAGUUGUCUGCUCAAAUUAUGACCAAGAGAGGAUACAACUUUUACACUGUCAACACCACCAAAGAACAUCGCUUGAGGAAGCAGGAAGAAGUUGAAAAGGGAGAGGACACUAUUCACGUGUACAAGGAUGGUUACAAGAUCGAGUACAAUGGUGUUCGUGAUCCAGAAACUUUUGUUUCAUGGCUGAUGGAUAUCCCAGACGAUCCAGUGACUAUUAUCAAUGAUGAACAUGACUUGGAAGAGUUUGAAAAUAUGGAUGACGAAUGUGUCAGAAUUAUUGGAUACUUUGAGCCAGGAUCAGUUGCUCUCAAGGAGUUCGAGGAAGCCGCUGAAGACUUUAUGGGAGAGAUCGAAUUCUUCGCAGUUGUGACAUCUAAAUGGGCACGCAAAGUCGGACUAAAGAGAGUCGGAGAGGUCCAAAUGCGCAGACCAUUUGAGGAAGAUCCACUUUUCGCCCCAACUUCCGCUGAUACCGAGGAAGAAUUCGAAGACUGGGUUGAGAAGAACAAGGAGCCAGUUAUGCAAAAACUCACCCUUGACAAUUACUUCAACCUUUGGAGAGAUCCCGAAGAGGAGGAGAGAAUGAUCUUGGCAUUCGUUGACGAGGAAACCCGUGAGGGAAGAGCCAUGAAGAGGCUCCUUGACAAGAUCGCCGAUGAGAACUCCGAGCACGCUGGAACCCUGGAAAUCAUUCUUGUCGACCCUGAUGAGUUCCCACUUAUGGUUGAUGUGUGGGAGGAUAUGUUCGGAAUCGAUAUUGAGGAAGGACCUCAAAUCGGACUUAUUGAUAUUUCUGAGAAAGAAGGAAUCUGGUUCGAUAUGUCUCAAGUGAAUUUGGAUGAUCCAAAGAAACACUCCGACUCCAACUUCGAGGCUCUCCAAUCAUGGAUCGAUCAGAUUCUUUCCGGAUCUAUUUCUCUUGAUGAUGAUGAUGAUGAUGAGCCAGAGCCACCAGCACCACCACCAACUCCAAAGGGAAAGAAGUCUAGAAAGGAGCUGUAAAAAAAUCACGUUUUUGAUCUACCUAUUCUUAUUUUUCACGUAUUGUUAUCACACCUUAAACACUUCUUUUCAUGACAUUUUAAUGGUUGCCGCUUGGUAGUUUCUUCUAGUUAGACACAAUGUUUUCGUUCAAAAUAAACUUUUUUGGAAUUUC